AAAGUGCGACUCGAAAUAGCAAUGACCCCAUUUACAAUCGAUAACCUCCCUUACGGAGUCAUCUCAACAGAGGACAAUCCGACUAAACGAUGCGCAGUGGCUUUCGAACAUUCCGCUAUAGAUCUCGACCUUCUUCAUCGUCAUGACUUCUUCGCUUCGAUAUCGGCUUUGCACGCCAGUAUCUUCGCCAACGAUAAUUGGAACGCAUUUGCAGUUCUCCCUUUGGAUGUCCGCGCAUCUUUUCGAGCUCGAAUAAAAUCAGGUAUACAAGACAACUCCGUCAACGAGGCCUUGAUUCCGCUGUCAAAAGUUCAAUACCACCUACCGAUGGCUACUCGCAAUUUCUCGGACUUCUACUGUUCGUACGAGCACGCCAAAAAUUGCUCCGAAAUCAUGAAGUUCCAAAAUAUCUCACCCAACUGGUUCGUUAUACCGUCGGUCUAUAAUGGUCGGACCUCAAGUCUGGUCGUCUCUGGCACUCCUGUUAUCCGCCCCUAUGGAAUGUAUCCCGAUCCUAACGACCCAAAGACCAUAUCAUUCAGUCUCGAGUGCAAAAUGGAUUUUGAACUCGAGAUGGGUGUCUGGCUGUCCAAGCCUGUGCCCCGAGGUCGGCGGCUGGACAUUGCACAUGCUGAAGAGCAUAUUUUCGGCUUGACGCUUCUCAAUGAUUGGUCUUCCCGGCAAAUCCAGCUCUUUGAAAUGCCACCACUAGGUCCAUUCCAUUCAAAGGGUUCUGCGACAACUGUCAGCCCCUGGGUCGUGCCCAUUGAGGCGCUGGAGAAAGCGAAGGGUGAGAGGAAGGUGAAGCAGGAGCCUCCACCUGCACCGCAUCUCACGCCAAGUGGAGAGCUGGCGCUAACUUUCAAUAUUGACCUUUCUGUAAAGCUAAUUAGGGACGGCAAGUCGUAUACACUCUGCGAAAGCAAUCUCGACGAGCUUUAUUGGACACCUAUCCAGCAAAUAACACACCUUGGGUCAGCUGGUGAGGGCUUAUCACAUGGUGAUGUCUUCGGCACUGGAACAAUUUCGAGCAAUCGAACGAACUCCGGCGGCGAGAAGAUCGGGCUUGGAUGCCUUUUCGAGCGUAGCUUACCUGAUACAAAACUUGAAUCAAUUCCCUUGGAUCUGAUUGACACGUUUCUAAAGGACGGCGACGAAGUGGUUAUGGAAGGGUGGUGUAAAGACAAGACAACCGGAAAUGUCAUCCUCGGAUUUGGCGAAUGCAGAGGGAAAAUCUUGCCCGCAGUGAAGGAUUAA